AUGUUUGCCAAUCAGUCGGAUGUCAACAAUAAGACCCAUCCGUACGGCACACGUCUGUCAUCCACUACAAGAACCACAGGAGACACCACUCGCGUGCGGACACCGAGGAUGUCGGCGAUGAAGAAGUGUUUGAGUCACUCAUACCUCCUACAGAAGCAGUCGUCGACGGCCGACGAGGAGAUAAUCAGCCUUAACGUCGGCGGCAAACGCUUCUCCACCUCCCGGCAGACGCUGACCUCCAUAUCGGACACCUUCUUCACGGCCCUCCUGUCGGGACGCANGAUGUCGGCGAUGAAGAAGUGUUUGAGUCACUCAUACCUCCUACAGAAGCAGUCGUCGACGGCCGACGAGGAGAUAAUCAGCCUUAACGUCGGCGGCAAACGCUUCUCCACCUCCCGGCAGACGCUGACCUCCAUAUCGGACACCUUCUUCACGGCCCUCCUGUCGGGACGCAUACCGUCGCUGCGGGACUCGUCGGGCGCUAUCUUUGUGGACAGGGAUCCCAAGCUGUUCGCCGUUAUCCUCCAUUACCUGCGGACGCGACAGCUGUUCGACACGGCGUCGGACGACCAGCGCCUGGAUAUGUUGCUCCACGAGAGCCAGUUCUACGGCAUUACGCCACUCGUGCGGCGCCUACAGCUGUGCGAACGGCUGCACCGGAAGCCCACGUGCGGCGGCGACCUCCUGUUCCAGGCGCACAUACGCGCCCGCAACGUGUCGGAGCCCGUGCGUCAGGUGGUCGCCCACCACAACGCCAUAGCCGUGGCGCACAACCACAUCGUGACCUGCUAUCGGCUCAAGGAUACGAUGGGCUGGCAGUUGGUGUUCGAGUCGCAGCCCAUCGAGCAGUCCAUCGCUGAGAUCGCCUUUUACUACAACUGCGGGGUAUCGCCGCUCACGGGCCCGAAGCUCAUGCUGGCCAUCAAGGAUCAGGUGUCGGUCAUCCGCUUGUGGUCCAUCACUGUGUCGCUGUAUAAUCAUACGAACACUGGUGGCGGCGGUGGUGGUGGUGGUGCUGAGGGCGCAGGUAGUGCUGGAAUUGGGUGCAGUCAACAGAAGCAAGAGAUCGGACGCUUUCAUCUCAACAACUGUUAUAUAAAUUCAAUGUUUUUCAUUGGCUCUCAAUUGGUGGCGUUGGGCAACGAGAGGGGACGGGUAGGCGUGUGGCACUCGUCGUCACAGCACUGGUUAGUGCAGGACCUGAAACAGGGGACGACCGACGCGGCGGCCAUCACGGCCUACGAUAAGGCCGGCUGUAAUUUUUUGCUACUGGGGUCGGCGCUGGGCUCCAUAUACCUCAUCGAUAUGCAGAAGUUCCCGUUGCGUAUGAAGGACGGGGACCUACUCAUCAACGAGUUGUAUGAGGACCCGGAAAGGGAGCAAAUCACCGCCAUUUCCUGCUACCUGACCCGUACGCCCAAAACCAAUGGCAAUUGGGUGGAGAUCGCGUACGGCACCAAAGCCGGAACUGUACGCGUGUUAGUACAGCACCCGGAGACGGUAGGCCACGGGCCGCAACUGUUCCAGACGUUCAAAGUCCACUUGAAUGGCAUCGAGAGGAUUAUGCUGAGCGAGAAGUACUUGAUUAGUGUCUGCAACCGAAUGCAUGUCCGCACGUGGACUAUGACCCGCUUCCGGGGGCGCAUAUCCACCCAACCCGGCUCUACGCCGUACGCCUCGUUCCGUAUCAUUAAGUUUGACGAGAGUUUGCUGGACGAGGAGGCGGACGACGACGAGGUGGUGGAGCCGGUGUCGGGCAAAGGGGGCGCCGCCAACAGCGGCUACAGUGUGGGCCCGUAUGGCGAUCAGGACGACGGCGAGAAGCAGGUGUUCAUCGAGCGCUUCCGUACGGAAACGGAUUCGGCGAACGUCUUGAUGGCCAGCAAUGGCGUCAAGAUAUGUACGCUGCGGUCGGUGGACAGCGCGCUGAUCACCGCCUACUGCGUGCACGAGUGCGAGGCCGUGGCGAUGGGUAACUGUUCGCGAAGGUAUAUACUGACCGGUCAUUCCAACGGACACCUCCAGGUGUGGGACCUCACGACUGCCCUCGACUUGGCCGCCAAAUCGGGUCCACUCGAGAGCGUCACGAAACAGGAGCUCUUGAAUGAGUUGUUGAAGUGA